AUGGCGGACGCAACCACAAGCCUGGUUGGAAAGGAGAAGAUAAAGAUCAUGGGGGUGGAAGUGGAGAGGGAUGAUGAGUCGUGGCAUUUCGUCAUGACGUUCCCCGUCCCAGUUGGCACGGACCCCACAUCUCCCUUCAAUGCGACGAUAAACAACUGCAAAGAGCAGUGGCAGGCAAUUUUCUGCGGCAGUGAGCCGCCAGAGGACCUGGACCUACCUGAUUCCAUGACGAAGAAGGACUUCCAGGAAAAGGUGCGCGCCAACUUGAAACAAGUUCUCGAAAGUGAUAUGUUCUGCCGCACCGAGAUGGUUCCUUCUGUGGAUGGUGAUGAAAUUUUCAUGAAGAUCGGAAUGGACGGAGGCGACAACUUCGCCGCCAUUGCAGAGAGGGUCGAGGCUCGGGCACGUGUCAAGCCGGAAGCUUACGAGCAAGCCAACGUGAAAUGCCCCACUCUGAAGAAGGUGGGACAGGAGUUCGAACAUGUCUCUCAUGAUGUGGAGAGCCUGGAUGGCCAAAAGCUGGACAACCGUUGUCCCGCCCAUGUGACCUUCACCAUGCGCAUCCGUGACAAGCUUGAGGACCUCCCGGAUACCGAAAUCCUCCGUAUCUUUCGUCGUCACCUGGGCACCUUCGUGAGCCUGGCCACCUUGGAGCGGGCCGAAGUGAUGAGCAAGUUCUUUGCGGUGCACAACUGGAAGGAUCUUGAUGUGCUUUACCAACGAGGCUGGAACAACCCUGCCACGAUGUUCCGAUGGCCUAGAGAAGGCAUCACUGACUACAUCUUCCAGUACACAGGGGUCCAGGUCGCCUACUUCUUCCACCUCUUCAACACAUUCACCAGGUGGGUUCUAAUCCCGGCUCUUCUGAGCAUCGUCGUCUACGUGAUGAGACAGACUGGGAGGCUUGAUCGUCCACAGAUCACGCUCAUGGAUUCCAUCUUCGGCGGCAUUCUGUGUAUUUGGACGACUUGCUUCCUUGCUCGCUAUGAGCAGCUGCUGAACCUCAAGAUCUUCCGGUGGGGAAUGAGACAUGUACACGACGAGGUUGUACCCGUCAGAAAGGCCUUCAGCGACGAGUACCGAGGGACCGCUCUGGAAACUCUGCAGAACCUCUUUCACUGGUUCCUCUGCGCCCUGUUCAUCUUGGAGACGAUCUCCGUCGUGUACUACCUCACCGAGUUGCGGAAGGAAGUGCGCGAAGACUCCGAUGGGACUACCUUCGGAAUCGACAACGAGACAUUGCUUGAUCUGUACAAAUAUGUUAUCACGGCAAACAUCAAGGUAGUGGACAUGGUAUGGACUCCGCUGUCCACUUGGCUUAGUAGGAAGGAGAACUUCCGGACGGAUGUCGAGAUGAAGUCUGCCAUGGUUGUGAAGCUUUAUGCUGUGAAGUUCAUGGUGUACUACUACCCCUUCGCCUACACCAUACUCAUCCAGCCGUACGUGGAGGGCUGUGAUACCGAAGAUCCCGGAAACUUCCGAGGCUGCCUCGUGAAGCUCCGCCAGGAUCUGCAAGUGCUCUUCCUGACGCAGGCAGCAUUCAAAGCCUUUGAAGUUGUCAUCUCGGUGGUGAUGACGUACCGGACAGUCCGGUCCGAGUUACAGAACCGUCGACAGAACAGAAACCUGACCUACUUGGAGCUGCAGGCAAUGAUGCCAGAAUAUGGUGAAGCGGACCAAAUUGAGGACUACAUGCAACUGGCCCUCAACUUUGGCUUCAUUUCAAUGUUCGGUGUGACGUGUCCUGUCAUUUGCAUCCUCUGCUUCCUAUCCAACUUCGUGAUCAAGAAGCUCAUGGCCUACAAGAUCUGCUAUGCACAUCGAAGAGUGAUUCCCAGGGUGGAGGAGGGGAUCGGCUCCUGGAGCAACAUCUUGACCUUCAUUGCCUACAUCGGGGUCACAGUCACUUGCUACAUCGUUUUCUUCGUGUUCAACUUUGAGGACCUCUCUUUCAAAUACAAGCUCAUCGCCUUCAUCCUCAGUGAGAAAGCGAUGAUGGCAUUGAAACGAGCCAUGGAGGGGUUCUUCGGCGAUAAGACAGUGGCGCAGCUUCGGGUGGAGGAGCACAACGAAGAGGUGCUGGACCGGGUGCUGGGGAAGCACAAGGAAUCCAAUGAGGAGCUGAUCCUCCUUGACCUCCAAAUCAACGCCUGUGAAAUGUUGUUCCAGCCAGAGUCCGCUUCGCUAAAUAAUCUCUGUGGCGCCCAGUUCUUUGCAGUUCUGGUUGCGUGUCUUACCAUGGCUGGCGCCGCGCAAUCAACAGCUGCAGAUGGCAUGCCCUGGCCGAAGUGCAAGACGGACAUGGACUGGGACAAGAAGCCCUUGGGCCGGGGUUACUUCGGAGAGGUAUGGUGCUGGGCCCAGAUGUGCGAGCGAGGGGAAGAGAAGGCGUUUGAGUGUGUUUGUGUGUGCGCCUAUGCGGAUGCUUUUUCCGAAAAGCAAGCUGCACAGGAGGCCACCAGCUUAGUCUUUCCAGCCUUCGGCAUCUUGCCCCUACAAUACCAUUUUUCUCAGCAGGCAGCAGCAGGCUAUGAUAGGAUAACCAUCAUGCGCAGCCUGAGACACCAGAACAUUGUGGAACUACACUUCAGCUUUGAGGAUGACAGCCACAUCUUCCUCGGGAUGGCCUCCAAGCUGUGUGAGCAGGAGUUUGCGGAAGGCGGCGGAAUGUUCGACCUCCUCAGCAAGGUCGGCAAAUUCACCUUAGACCUGGCUGCCCAGCACUUCUAUGAGGUGUGCGAUGCACUGCACUACCUCCACAACCGUGAUCCGAAGAUCAUCCACCGGGAUAUCAAGCCCGAGAACAUUCUCCUCGACAAGGCGCGCAGCUCGGAGAAUGGACUGACGACCGUGUUCCAAGCCCGCAUAGGCCGAGAGGAUGGCAUGCACGCGAAGCUGGCGGACUUCGGCUGGUCUAAUGCUCCCGAGAUGAUUCUUGGAGAAGGCCUGUUCGGAAGGGUUGGGCUUCAAGAGCAGAGCGAGUUGAAAGAAGGUCACAACGAAAGCUUGGACAUGUGGGAGAUGGGUGUACUGUUGAGCAUCAAACUUCAGUUUCCGCCGGACAUCGACCAUACCGUGGAGGAGCUCUGCUUCCGCUCGAGCUUCGCAGCUUUCGCCUCCAGUCGCAAUUCAGAGGGCUUCUUCACAUCUUACACUACUCCUUGCGGGUUGUUUCUCGCCUUUGUUUUGACUGGGCCGAGAAGAUCUGAAGCUCAUGGCGCCAAGCUUUUGCCCGCGCGUGCUGCACGACUCCCUGUGGUGCAGCGCCAGCAUGAUUCCCGGUUCGCAAAGUGGGCUACGGUGGCCACGGCCACUAGGUUCUUUCAGCCUGCGGCGUCCGCAGCCUCUGGAAAGAAGGAGCUGGCCCAGGAGACCGACCUGUUCAAUCUGACAGUCGAGCUCGAGGAUCGUGUGGCUGAGCUCCAUAAGGAGCAGUCGUCGCUGCGAAAGGUGCAGGAAGAGCUUCGAGAGCUGCAGGAAAUGGAGGAGUUCCUGGACGGCAUUAGCUUUCUGCUUCACGGGCUUCGGGAUUCACUAAGGUUGGGCAACCAGACCAUUCAAGACAUGGCUGGGCCCUGA